CGCCGCGCGCGGCUGCACAGACGCCUGCAGGGACCAUGGCUACGGCCUUGGGCGGUGAGAAGGAGAAGGAGCGGCCCGGGGGCGGCUCGGGAGCGGCGGGCGGUAACAGCACGCGAGAGCGGCUGCUGUCUGCGCUGGAAGAUCUCGAGGUCUUGUCGAGAGAACUUAUAGAAAUGUUGGCAAUUUCAAGAAACCAAAAGUUGUUACAGACUGAGGAGGAAAACCAGGUCCUGGAGAUGUUAAUUCACAGAGAUGGGGAAUUUCAAGAGUUAAUGAAAUUGGCACUUAAUCAGGGAAAAAUCCAUCAUGAAAUGCAAGUUUUAGAAAAAGAAGUAGAGAAGAGAGACAGUGAUAUUCAACAACUACAAAAACAACUAAAGGAAGCAGAACAAAUACUGGCAACAGCUGUUUACCAAGCAAAAGAAAAACUCAAAUCAAUAGAAAAAGCAAGAAAAGGUGCUAUCUCCUCUGAAGAAAUAAUUAAGUAUGCACAUAGGAUUAGUGCAAGUAAUGCUGUGUGCGCCCCACUGACCUGGGUUCCAGGGGACCCACGGAGACCAUACCCAACUGAUUUAGAGAUGAGAAGUGGAUUAUUGGGUCAGAUGAACAAUCCUUCCACUAAUGGUGUGAAUGGUCAUUUACCAGGGGAUGCACUUGCAGCAGGCAGAUUGCCAGAUGUCCUUGCUCCGCAGUAUCCAUGGCAGUCAAAUGAUAUGUCAGUGAAUAUGUUACCACCAAAUCACAGUAACGACUUUUUGUUGGAACCUCCAGGGCAUAACAAAGAAAAUGAAGAUGACGUAGAGGUCAUGUCCACAGACUCCUCGAGCAGUAGUAGUGAUUCUGAUUAAAAAAUACCAUAAAAGACAAAAAGCAUACAGAAUUGUAUGCUGUAGAAUUCUGUGUCUUAAACAAUAGCAAACUUGUAAAAGUAACCAGGUAAUAAUGGCUAUAGUGGAAUUGUGCAGCCCGUUAAAAUCACAGUGGACUUUCUUUUUAAAACCAAAAAUCAUGGUUUCAGUUCUAAGCCACUAGUUAAAUUUUUAGGGAAUAAUCCAAAACUGUUGGAAAAGAUGAUUCAGUUCAUUACCAUCUAACCCUGUUCUGGUUGUGUUGGGCUUGUACAUAGUAGUUCUGGAAGUAAGAUUUGAGGGAAAUGACCCAUGUAUGUGUCACUAAUAGGCCCCUUGGGAUUAUUUAGAAGAGUAUUAAAGGCAGUGGAUCACUGAAUGUGCAACAUAUCUCAAAGUAACAAGAACUAAAGUAAAGGCUAUUAGUUGCUGUCACAGGGACAGAAGAAUUCUCAAUUUGUACUAUUUGUAAUUAUUGUAAUUUUUGUAAAUAAACUCACUUUUGUUUGUACUCUGCUUUUUCUCUAAUAAACCUUCAGUGUAGGUAGGAAA